AUGACGACUAAUAGUACAGUUACAUACGCAUCAAUUGAUGAUAAACUUGAACCCAAACACAUACCACAACAAUCACAGCCACAAUCACAACCACCAGCACUUUUCCGCCCCCUUGAUAUCGGAAAUUUGCAUUUGCUUAAUAGAUUAGCAGUCUCGUCUAUGUGCAGUUAUGCAGCUGGACCAGGAAAUCAAAUUGCUAAUUUACAUUUAUCUCGCUACAAGUCAUUCUCAGCACAACACCCUGGUUUGAUUAUGAUUGAAGGAAUGUGUGUUGAUCCCAAGGGAAAAUUGGAUGAUAAGGAAUUGGGCAUUUGGAAUGACGAUCAAGCAGGGAAAUUGAGGCUGGUUGCUGAUGAGAUCCAUAACGAUGGUUGUAUUUGUUGUGUGCAGUUGACUCAUGGUGGAAGGAAAGCUAUUGGUGAAGUUUCCCUGGUUGGAAAUGCUGCAGCUGGUGAAACCGGUUACGAUGGUGAUGCGGAAAUCCUUGCCCCUUCGGCAAUUUCAUACGAUAAUCGACUGAAAGUCCCCAAAGAAAUGACAUCCACCGACAUUCAUCAAGCAAUCACCAGUUUCAGCUCUGCUGCCAAACGCGCUGUUCAAAUCAGUCAAGUUGACGCUGUUGAAAUCUCGUGUUGUAACGGAAACUUGUUGCACCAAUUUAUGAGCAAGUCGACUAAUUUACGUCAUGAUGAAUAUGGAUGUCAAUCAAUUAAAUCUAGGUGCAAAAUCUUGAUGGACAUAAUUGACCAAGUUCGCAAACAAGUUGGCGAAAAUGUACCUAUAUUUGUUAAAUUAUCGGCUAGUGACAAUUUGUUUAGGGGCGAAUCGUUGGAUGAGUUUUUAUCUAUUGCUGAUUUGAUCAUAGCCACGGGUCAAGUGUCACUACUUCACAUAACUUCGGGCAAAAUCACUCCCAAUUCAAGGCCACGGUAUUCAUUAAAUUCGAAUCCAAAUAUACCAGGCCAUAUUCCAUUAGCAUCGCUUUUGAAGAAACAUUUAGCUGAAAGUGGUCAACAAGAAAAAUGUUUUGUAGGAUGUAGUGGUGCUUUAGACAUGGAUGUGGCAAAGUUGAAUCACUAUAUUGAUGAUAAUAUGAUUGAUGUUGCAUUUAUUGGUCAAGGGUUCUUGGAAAUGCCAAAUUUAGUCAACCAAUUUGCAGCUAAAUUGAAUCAUAAGCUUAAGUAA